AUGGAUGACCAUGAUGACUUAACCUGUUCAUCUGAGGGAGACUCAGAGGAUUAUGAGUUGCCUUCUGUUAAUUAUAAGAAUUUGACAUUUCUUGCUAAACAACAUGGAAAGCACUAUAAAGAUUCUUUUAACCAAUUGGAAAUUCAAAACACAGCUCUUCCCUAUAAGAGCCAUGCAGAACGUAAUAAAAAUUAUUAUAAAAAACUUACAGAUAAUAUCAAAGCACUGGAAACUAUGAUUAUUUUUCUAAAAAUGAAGCUAUCUAAAAUGAAAGGAAUAAACUUACAGUUAUACCAUCAAAGAUGUGAAUGGGAGCAAAAACUCCACAGUUUGAGAUUCACACUAAAAGAAAUGGAAGAGAUGAGAAAAAAUGAUUCUAUAGCAUUUGAACAAAUUAAGGAAAAGUUAACAAGAGAAAUAGAGCAACAUAGAAAAGAAGUUGCGAUAAAAGAAGAAUUGGAACACAGACUGAGAGCCCAAAAUGUGGAGUUGGGGACCCUUAGAAAUAAUCUGGAGAAUUGUCAAAGGCAUGAACAUGAAAGAGAUCUCCUGAACAAAGAAAUUGUCAGACUAAGAUUGAAAGUAGAAAGAAUGAAAAUGAACAAUGAGGAGAUAGACAAGAAACACUUGCGGGACUUGGAAAUCAUCAAAGACAAGACUGAUGAUCUUCAAAAUGCUGUAAAGCUCAGUGAAGAAAGGUUAAUGAAAGUAACAGCCCAGUAUAAUGGCCAGCUCAACAUACUACGAGACGAGAAUAAAGUGCUACAAGCCAAACUGAAGGAAGCGAAAGAAAACCAGAAAAAACUAGAAGCAGAACUUGAAUCCCACCGUCUCAGACUGGCAGAUGCUAACAAUGAGCGUCACCAAAGUCAGGUCUCCCAAAGAGACCUUGCCUUCAUUGUCCAGAGAACAAAAGAAGAAUGGUCUGGUACACUGGAGUAUAUGAACUCUCGUGCCGAAACCCUUUUCCAACAACUCUGUGAUGCAGAAGAGAAAUUCAGUUGCCUGCAAGCUGAGUUUUGUCACAUGAAAGAUGCUCUUCGAGAGAAGAGUUUUGCUCUAGAAGGUGCACAGAGAGACCUGAUGGAAGCACAGUUUGAAAAGCAGAACAUUCAACUGAAGUAUCAAAGUGAACAAAGAACAGUGAGUAUGUACAUUGUAAAGCAGGAGUCUUUAGAGCAGAGACUGUCCGGACUGCAAUGUAAAACUAUGUCACUUCAACAACAGCUGGAUGAUGUUCACAAGGAUUCUGCAGAUAAAGAGAAGGCAAAACACAGCAGAGACAGCCCGUGUGCUGCAGUGGUGAAGGCUCUUGAAGUAGGGCAUGAAAGGUACAGUCUGCUUUUGGAAGAGGAAAACAAGAAGUUGCUUGAUGAAUGCAAUCACUUAAAAGAAAGGCAGUACCAAUAUAAAAAAGAGAAAGUGAAAAGAGAAGCAGUUUUGAGACAACUUCGCCAAGAACUGUGUGAUACCAUGCAAAAACUAUCCAGAUCAGAGACGUUACUAGAAACUACAUCACGUUGUCACAUUCAUUUAGAAGAUGAGACCCAACAUUCAAUGAGAAAAAUAAGUCAGAUGACAAACCAAUUUCAAGAAGUAGAGGAUCAACUCAAAGAGGAAGGACACCGUGCCGAGAAGAUGCUAGACCAAUGGAAAAAGAUCAAAAUGGCAAAUUCCAAAUUAAAACUUACUGUCAAAGACCAAGCCGAAAAACUCAACCAGUAUGAGAAAGACUUGUCAAGUGCAAGUUUCGUGCAGAAAUCUCUGGAAGAUCAGUUAGCAGAGACUAUAAAAUGUAAAAGGAUGAUGGAAGACCGCAUGCAAAGCCUUGAAAAAGAAAAUUCAAAAAUGAAAGUAAACUUUGGAAAGGCACUGGACUGCAUUGAGAAGUACGUGUCAUCUACAAGUUCAGUAAGUCAAUCUCUUACUUUCUAUCAUACUUAA